AUGCCUAAAUCGGCCCCCCUUGAUCGCCGCGUGCGCCUCAACUACCACUGGCCAGAGAUCCAGCUGAAUAUCUGGCUCAUCGUCGUGCUAGCAGGCUCAGCAACAUGCCUCGGCAUCUUCUCCUGGUUCAUGACCGUUCAGUCAACAAUGGAGCUUGGAACACCAUGGCUCUUCCCGUUCAUGGUUGCAUCCAGCGCCCUGGGCGUUGCAUUCAUCUUCCUCGUCCUCGGGCUCAUCGCCCGACACCUAUUGUUACCCGGCAUCCUGAUACUCGGCAGUUUUAUCCUCUUCGUUCUAUUCCUGACUGGCUUGAUUGAGACAUCGCUGCAGUUAUAUGGAGUUGUCGGGAAUGUGAAUAGUAACUGUCAGAUCUAUGUUGUGGAUAAUAAAUCGAGAGGGAAUAAUAUUGAUACGUUGGCGUGGUUGACGCAGCUUACCAUUUGUAAUUGCUGGAAAACAGCUUUCGCUAUGGAACUCGUUAACACAAUUUUUUACGUGUGGAUGAUGGUCAUGUCGUGGCAGGUGCAUCGGAACUACUACCAUCGUAGAUGA